AUGCUAUAAAUUAAUAUAGAGGUGCAAACUGUUUAUUUUUAUAUAGAUUCACCUAUUAUGUAUUGUCAUAUGCAACUUAAUGAUUGUAAUAUGUUUGAUUGAAUGUAGCUGUUACUGCAGUCAUGUUAAAUAGUUAACUUAAAUGUAAAUGUUAUGAACAAUAAGACAUUUAUGAAAAAGCUGAAAUAAGAACACAUUAUGAUCCAAAAAACAAAAAAAAAGUAUAUCUAAUUUAUUAUGAAAGCUCAAAUUGAUCUUUUUUGAAAAUUAAAGUAAAUUUGGAGAAGCUGUCUUUGAUUUAGACUUUUAUAUUGACAAUAAAUUCUAAUCAUUAUCAGAUAAAUUAUCUAUUUAGAGUGAAUAGAAUGAAGAAGCCCAAUUAACAUUUAUGUUUGAAUGGUAAUUCAUAGAAAAACCUUAAGAAAUUAACCCUAAAAUUCUUAAUCCUUAUCUUUCAGGUAAUAGUCCUUAGAAUACACAAAGAAAUGGAGGAUAAAGUCCUAAAAGAUAGGUUUAAUCAAAAAGAAUUGGAGAAGAAAAUGAAAAGAGAACUACUCAUGUAACGUAUUCUUAAUGGAAAGAUCAUAAAGAAUACUUAAAAAAUCAAUAAGAAAGAAAACUAAAAGAACCAAAGCAUCCAUAAAAGAUAAUAAUGGUUGAUGAUUAUAAUUAUAAUUGGACUGAUAAUUUAAGAAAAUCAAAUGCUUAAGUUAGAGUUGUUUCACCUCCUAAAAGAUUUGGCACUCCUACAAAAGUAAAUAAGAAAUUUUAAAGUCCUGUAAAUAAUCUGAAUCCUUAAAGAUAAUAAGAUUAUGAAUUAAGAAUGAUAAAUGAAAAAUUAAAUAAAGUAGACAAAUAAUUAUAAUAAAUGAAUAAUGAAAAUAAAGAAGAAGAUAAAAAAAAAUAUUCAUCAAAAUUAAAUUAAAAAUUAAAAUAGAAUUAAUUUGAUGAUUAUAAAAAUGGUUCUAAUGAAGAUUAAAUUAUUAGUUAAUCUGAAAAAGGUAUCAAAUAAAAAUCUCUCCAUUAUCAAUCCUUUGUAGAAUAAAAAGAUUCUAAAGAUUAUUAAUUUAUGUACAAUAGUCAAAUUUAACCACCCACACAAUAAUAUUAAAACUCUGAUGAAUUAAUUAAAUCUCUACAUGAUCCUUAAAUCUCCAAAUAAAAAAUCAAAUAAAAUACUGUUAAUUUAGAUGUUCCAAAAAGUCCUCCAAAACCAAAAGAAUUAUAAUAAUAAUUAUCAUAAAGAAGUAAAACAUAAUAAUAAGAAGAAUUAUUAAAUAAUAAUUAAUUAAAUAAUUCUGAUAAAUAUGAUGAAUUAAUGAAAAAAUAUUUAGAUUUGAAGGAUAAAUAUUAAAAUUCAUGUUUAGAAUUUUCUCUAUUAUCAUAAACUUAUUCUUCAUUGAAAGAUGAAUAUACAUAAGUAAUUUAAUAAAAUUAGUAGUAUUAAUAAUAAAUUGUAUUUUUGUAAUAAUAGUAAUUGAUUAAUGGUAAUAAUGAAUAGGGUACUUAAUCUAAUUUUAAUUAAGAAAUAAUCAAAAAGGAACUUGAGUUUUUAUAAAGAGAUAAUAACAUGCUUAAAACUCAUUUAGAAUAAAGUUAAUAUAAUGUAAUUUAAUUGCAAAAAGAGAAAGAAAAGAAUUAAAUAGAAAUUUAUAAUCUAAAAAAUAAUUUACUUUUGAUUAAUUAAGAAAUAGAUAAAUUGUAAAAUGAAGCAUUAUAAAUGAAAACAGAAAUAAAGUAAAAUAAUUAAAUUGAAUAAUCUUUAGAUGGUUAAAAUAAAAUAAAUUCUAAAUCAGAUACUCAAUCUAUUAAUUAAAUAAAAACUUAAUUAGAAAAUUAAGGUAUGAAUUAUGUUCAUUAAAAAGAUGAAUUAGAAUAAUUAAAAACCUAAUAUUAAUAAAUAGAAAAAGAAAAUACAAAUUUUAAAAAAUAAAUUGGAAAUUUAAAUUAAAUGAUAUAAUCUUUAGAAGAUGAAAUAGCAAAAUUAAAGGAUUAACUUGAAGAAAAGAAAUAAGAUGUUAUCAGAAUAUAAGCUUUAAAUAAUAAAGAUAAUAUAGGAGAUAUUAUUGAUGGUUACAAAUAAGUAAUCAAAAAAAAAGAAUUAGAAAUUUUGGAUUAAGAAGAAAGUAUAAAAUAAAUGAAAAAAUAAAUUUCAAUUUUAGAAAAUGAAAUAUAAUCUGAAUUAGAUUAGAAGCAAGAAGCAGAAAAAAAAUUUAAUUAAAAAUUUAAUAAUCUCUAAGAAGAAAUUUAAAAAUUAUAAAUUGAUAAUUAGAACUUAAAAUAAAUUUUAAGUUAAUCUUAAAAUGAAUAGCAAUAAUCAUUUCAAUAAUCUAAUAAAAAUUCUAUGUAUUAACAGGAAAUUAAUUUUAAAGGAUUUAGUUUCAAAGGAGAUGAUAUGGAUAAUCAAAGUGAAAAUUUGAAAUAAGAAAAUACUUAAUUAAGUAUUAUUAUUAAUUAUUUAUUUUAGAAUUUGAGUAAAAUAAAGAUAAAAUAAGAAUAGAUAGUUUAACAAAGGAAUUAGAAAUUUAAAAAGUAAUAUAAAUUCAUUAUAAUUAAGAAUAUAGCAGAAUUAAGUGAAUAAUAAUUGAUGGAAGCUCAAGAAUAAAUUAUGUCUUAGAAAUAAAGAAUAGCAGAUAUAUUAAAUUUAAUAAUGAUAAAAGGUGAUGCAAAAUAAAUGGAUGAUGUAGAGAAGUUACUCUAAAAUAAAGAAUUUUUAUCUCUUUGA